UCUACCCGUCGUACGUGACGGAGCGUCUCCGAGUGGCCUUGGAGGCGUCCGAGAGGCGCAUGCCAGGCUUCGUGUCCAACGAGGCGUUGCUUCACGGAGUUGAGACUCGGACGAGCUCUCUUGUUCAGGUGGAGAGGAAUGCUGAUACGCUGGAGUGUCCGUCGAUGGAAGGCUUGUUCCCCACGGGAGAAGGCGCGGGAUACGCUGGUGGAAUCGUGAGCGCUGCCGUUGACGGCAUCCGUGUGGGACAGUCUGUGGCGAUGCAAGUCUUGUCAGCUGCGAUGUCGGCAAGAAAUUAGAAGAGGUCUAACUACCUCGGGAGUUUCGGUGGUCGGUUUGGGUAAACGAGCCCUGCCCGGUUGUAAGUUGUCGGAGAUACCCCUACGGACAAGAUGUUUGUCCACACUUCUCGGAUGUGUUUCGGUCUGUCGCGGUCUUUCAUGAAGAUUCUGGCAUACUUGAACAAGGUAAACGCACAUGAGGGAUUCCAUCGCCUGGGGCUUUUCGUGUGACACCGGGAGCGAGCGCCGUGCCGCACCACUCGUGGGUGGGCUGUUGCACGCCUUGCUACCCCUUUAACCCAACACAGUGUUUCGCCUGGGAAGCGUGGGCGCCCGAUCUUUCGUUUAUGAUGACGUUUGUUUUCAGCAUGAUCGGUGUUUGCCUGAGCUCUUGCGCUAAAUAUGACGGUGUCUUCGUGAGUGCGAUAGCUAAGGUGAUGUUGAUAUUUUUGCACAAUAAUAGAGUUUAUGGUUCCAUGCUCUAGGCAUGCUGUUGACAGGAAAAGCCCUGCCUGUAGUCUGUCCUGUCCUUGAACCAGAGGAAUACGCAUCAUCGAUGCAUCACGGACACCACUUUUUGCACUGUCGACACUUCCACGCUCGUAUUCUACGUAUUCCGUUCCGAUCCUGGCUUGCUACGCUCUUGCAACGAGGUAAUAGGGUACUACAAUGAAUACCUACCUGUUGUUCCAUACCCCUCUUCAAUCUACUCGUCUCUGCAUAGUGAUCCCACACCACGUCAGAUUAGUUAUGAAAUGUAGCUAUAGUUUCGAGUCUGCUACGUGACUACUCUACCCUCCAUUGCCCAUAUUUGUUCGAUCCUGCUACUUCUCUGCUGUACCCCUUCCUUCUGCUUCUCUGCUCUACCUCCACUCGUCCAGUUCUGUUGUUAAUCUUACAGCUUUGCCGGACUGAUAUUGUUGAUGAUAGUCAUGAUGUGAAAUGAUACCUCAUUUCUCCGGGGACGUGGGGAUACGCGACCGGGCCGCCCACAUCUGAGAAACACAUUUCAGGUUUUCGCGAAUGACGAACAACCAAAUGCAUACCCGGAAUAAAACCAGUCUGGCAAACCGUGCGAUUCGCGCUUGCAACACCUUUCACAUCCUCUCGAACACUAUGUCCCCGAGCUCGAAAAUCGAUGGCCUAACAACCAGCAUGGCCCGCCCGCAAUUCUCCCCACGCUUGCCUCGCACAUGGCCCCAUCACAUGAUGAGGGUUUGAGACUCUGAUGAUGCUUCCUUGCGAGUUCCAGAUGUAGAUGGGGAGUCGCC